UUCAACAGUUGAACUUUUAGCAGUAAUGAAAAUGAGAGACAAAAAUACAAAAUCGAAAUUGGAAUAAUUGAGUAGGCAAUAAAAAAAAUAAGAAUUAAAAUAAUUAAUACAGAAAAUGACAAACAAUAGUUCAAGCCAUAAUGAAAUUUCGGAUAAUGGUUUACAGUCUUCGAAUAUUCCCAUCAAUUCCACAGAAACCUUAUUCUCACAUCAUAACAGGACUCGUAGAAACCAACAGUUUUUUAGCGAAGAUUUUAUACAAAAAUUAAACACUUUACACUCAAGAGUACUUGAAACGGGAAUCGUUACAUCGGAUGAUCUCCAUGCAGCGUUACGUACUCAAAUUGAACAACAAAAUCCAAAUCGAAUCAAUCUAUGGAUAGCUUGCGGAGUUUUUGCUUUCAUUUUUUUAGCUACACCAGUGGUGUACGAAGUUGUUCAUUUCUUAUUGGGUGUUAGAUGUUUUGUACCAAAUAAUUAUUUAGUAUGGGAAGCAACACGUCCUAUUAGUGAUUGUCGCUUUUGUAGUCAAGUGAAAGGCCCUUUAAUAUUACAAAAUUUAACCAGGGAAGAAUUUUCUCCAUUUGCUUAUUCUUCGCAACCUAUUAUUAUAAAAAAUGCUGUUGGACAUUGGCCAGCAAAAAAAAUUUUAAAUUUUACUUUUUUACGAGAUUUGUAUUUAAAAGUACCUGGUGCAUUAGAGGAAGAUUGCCAAUUUUUACAUUUUCGUUCAGAUUUUAUGACACUGAGGGAAGUAUUUCAAAUGUCAGAUGCUAGAUCUAAGUUUACAGAUGGUUAUCCUCCGUGGUAUGUUGGCUGGAGUAAUUGCCAUCCAGUUAUAUUAGAGGAAUUGCGAAAAUUAUAUCCAAGACCUCAUUUUUUACCAGAAGAUGCUGAAAUGCCGAAUACUGAUUAUAUAUUUUUAGGAUACGAACAAGGAGCUAUAAUGCAUCUCGAUUACAUACCAAGAUUGAUGUGGCAAGCUCAAUUACAGGGGAAUAAAAGUUGGGUCUUAGCACCUACACCUGAGUGUGAUCAAAUUUGUCAUUCUUUUUCUUUUUAUGUUGAGCCAGGAGAUGCAGUCUUAGUUGAUACAAGAAUUUGGUACCAUGGCACAUCUAUUCCUAAAGGUCAAUUUGCUCUCACUAUACAAUCUGAAUAUGGAUAAAGCAAAUGAUUAAACUUAAUACAUUCAAAUCAGACAGCGUACGAUUUUUGCACUUAUAAGGAUGAAAGUUCAAUAUAGUCCUUAGUUUAAAACAAUUUUUAUUUUAUUUUUGAGCGUUUGGCCAAAGUAUUUUUACAUUGUGUUUGAAUAAAUCGAAAUAUAAUGUCAUCUAGUCAUAAAAAUUUUUAUUAUAAUUUCAAAAACUUGUUUAUUUUUUCUUGUAAAAAAGAGAAAAAAAAUAAAAAUUUAUUUUACCAUAACAAUA